CGUAUAAAAAUAACGAAAGCUCUCACUCGUGGGACCGUUGACGUGUCGAGUUUGGCGCUCGGGAAAUUUUCCUUUCCCGCUCUGGGCCACCUUUUAACAACGGCCCAUCUAUUUAUAAUAAAUCCAGCCUAAGGCCCAUUCUGAAUUGGUGAGACUGAGACUUGAACCCGACCCGACCUGACCCGCCCGGUUCCCAGAUAUCUCGGUUUGUUGAAUCACAACACACAGCAAAUGCUACAUUCUCCGGUGAACCACCUCUUUGAUGAAGCUCCCACGCACGAUUCCAUCACUCUCAACCUCUCAUUUUCUCCAUACCUUCAGAAACGCAAGCUCAGCGAUCGACUCCGCUCAAAAAGAUUCGCAAUUCAUCGAUGCCGUCAAAAGAAUCGUGCGCGGGAAACGGAGCUGGGAGAUCGCAUUGAGCAGAGACCUCGUCUCGAGGAGACUGAAACCCACCCACGUCGAAGAGAUCCUGAUCGGAACCCUAGACGAACCCAAACUGUCUCUGAGGUUUUUCAAUUUCCUCGGCCUGCACAGAGGAUUCGACCACUCGACGGCGUCGUUCUGCAUCUUGAUCCAUGCCUUGGUCAAAGCUAAUCUCUUUUGGCCAGCGUCGUCUCUCCUGCAGACGCUUCUCCUCCGUGGGCUUAACCCAAGUGAGGCUUUUCACGCGCUUUAUAGCUGUUACGAGAAAUGUAAGCUUAGUUCGAGUUCAAGCUCGAGUUUUGAUUUGUUGAUUCAGCAUUAUGUAAGAAGUAGGAAGGCGUUAGAUGGUGUUUUGGUGUUUAGGAUGAUGACGAAAGCUGGUUUAGUGCCUGAAGUGAGAACCUUGAGUGCGUUGUUACAUGGUUUAGUUCAUUGUAGGCAUUACGGUUUGGCGAUGGAGGUGUUUGAGGAUAUGAUCAAUGCGGGUGUUCGUCCUGAUGUGUAUAUAUACUCAGGAGUGGUGCAUAGCUUGUGUGAGUUGAAAGAUCUCUCUCGAGCUAGGGAAAUGAUUGUUCGUAUGGAGGAGAGUGGGUGUGAUUUGAGUGUAGUUCCGUAUAAUGUGUUGAUUAAUGGGCUUUGUAAGAAGCAGAAGGUCUGGGAGGCUGUUGAGGUAAAGAAGAGUUUAUUUAGAAUGAAUCUGAAGCCAGACGUUGUGACAUAUUGUACUUUAGUACACGGGUUAUGUAAAGUGCAAGAGUUUGAGGUUGGGUUGGAGAUGAUGGAUGAGAUGUUACGUUUGAGCUUCAGUCCCAGCGAAUCUGCAGUUUCAAGUUUGGUAAAAGGGUUAAGGAAGAGGGGGAUGAUUGAAGAGGCGCUUAACUUGGUUAAAAGAAUAGCAGAGAGUGACUUGCCGCCUAAUCUAUUUGUGUAUAAUGCGUUGCUUGACUUAUUGUGCAAAUGUAGAAAGUUUGAGGAAGCUGAGUUGGUAUUUGAUAGGAUGGGGAAGAUUGGGUUGUGUCCAAACGGUGUGACCUAUUCAGUUUUGAUAGAUAUGUUUUCCAGAAGAGGGAAACUUGACACUGCCUUUAGUUUCCUGGGGAGAAUGAUUGAUUCCGGUUUGAAACCAACUGUGUAUCCAUACAAUUCUCUGAUCAACGGGCACUGCAAGUUCGGUGACAUUAGUGCAGCUGAGAAUUUCAUGGCGGAGAUGAUUCAUAAAAAGUUGGAGCCGACGGUGGUAACGUACACAUCACUGAUGGGUGGAUAUUGCAGCAAAGGGAAAACACAUAGUGCUCUUAGGCUCUAUCAUGAGAUGACAGGGAAAGGUAUCGUGCCGAGUUUAUAUACAUUCACCACGCUCAUAUCAGGUCUUUUCCGCCGCGGGUUGGUCCGUGAGGCUGUAAAGCUAUUCAACGAGAUGGAGGGAUGGAACAUUAAACCGAACAGAGUGACUUAUAACGUCAUGAUCGAAGGUUAUUGCGAGGAAGGAGACAUGGGUAAAGCCUUUGUAAUGCAGAGUGAGAUGAUGGAGAAAGGUAUUGCACCGGAUACGUAUACCUAUAGAUCGUUGAUUCACGGACUGUGUUCAACGGGUCGAGCAUCUGAAGCCAAAGAGUUCGUGGAUGGGCUCCACAAGGAGAACCAUGAACUCAACGAGAUAUGCUAUACCACGCUCUUACAUGGGUUUUGCAGAGAAGGGAGAUUAGAGGAGGCGUUAAGCGUUUGUCAGGAGAUGGUACGAAGAGGUGUGGAUUUAGACCUUGUGUGCUAUGGUGUUCUUAUAGAUGGGAGUUUAAAGCACAAAGAUCGGAAGAUGUUUCUUGGACUUUUGAAGGAGAUGCAUUGUAAAGGACUCAAGCCUGAUGAUGUGAUGUAUACAAGUAUGAUUGAUGCGAAGAGCAAAACGGGAGAUUUCGAGGAAGCGUUUGGGAUAUGGGAUUUGAUGAUAAACGAAGGAUGUGUGCCUAAUGAAGUCACUUACACUGCUGUUAUCAAUGGAUUAUGCAAAGCGGGGUUUGUGAACGAAGCUGAGAUUCUACGUUCGAAAAUGCUGAUUCCUAACCAAGUAACAUACGGUUGUUUUCUCGACAUUCUCACCAAAGGAGAAGGAGAUAUGAAGAAAGCUGUGGAGCUCCAUGAUGCGAUAUUGAAAGGGCUUUUAGCUAGCACCGCUACGUACAAUAUGUUGAUCCGUGGGUUUUGUAGACAAGGGAGAAUGGAUGAAGCUUAUGAGCUUCUAAUGAAGAUGACAGGGGAUGGUGUUUCUCCUGAUUGUAUAACCUACACAACUAUGAUCUAUGAGUUUUGUAGGAAGAGCGAUGUGAAGAAAGCGAUUGAGUUGUGGAACUCGAUGAUGGAAAGAGGGGUGAGGCCGGAUAGAGUAGCGUAUAACACCAUGAUACACGGUUGUUGUGUGUUGGGAGAGAUGGAGAAAGCGAUUGAAUUGAGGAGUGAGAUGUUGAGACAAGGCUUGAAGCCUAACUCCAAAACCUCAGGAACAAGUAUUUUGAAUGAUUCUAGUUCGAAAUCAUGACCCCUUUUUGUAACUUUAGUUCAUACAUUGAAACAUUCAUUGACAUCUCAAUCAGUUGAAAUAGAAAAUAAUAUGUGUUCCUUUUGCAUUUCUCAUCCACCCUGUAAUAAAGGACGCUCAAAGGAAUCAUCUUUACACAAAGAAUACAGCAACAGCACAGACACUGGGAUAAUUGCAAUAGAGAUGAAACACUGUUUGGUAACAAAGACAAAGAAGACAGACCAGAAUACCAGAUGGAUAGAUGAAGGGUGUUAGGUUUUUAUAACAGUCGCAAUAAAACUGUAAGAGAAAAGAAAUGAAGAUUGUUCAAAGAGAGAGAGUUUCUAGUCUCUUUUAGUUGACACGGCUUUUGAAAACAUCAAGAUCCAGCUCUGUUGUGACAGUUGAAAGAUUGCUUAAAAUGAGCAAUAGUGGACAGUUGCCAGUGGUUGGAUCUAUUUUCAACUAAUCAUAAGUGACAACUAUAAGCUUAAUGUUUUCAAAAUAUUUUCUGGACCAUACUCGAUUGAGCAAGCCAUUUCAUUCUUUGGAUUUAACAUUCGAACUUAAAUUGAUGUAUUGAUCAAAACCAUAUAAAAAUAAGUUUACGCAUGAAAUGUAUCCCAGUUUAUAAAAUGUCACUAGUCAUGUGCCAAAUAACAAAUCUGGAGAUCCAUAAGAUAUGUUAAUUAAUAAAAACAUACAAAGCAUCUCGAGGAUCGAUUAUUCUAUAUCCUAACUUAUUUUGUCAUGUUGUCACACUAUUGUUUAAAUCCAUGGAUCACUAGAUACAUAGAUUUGCAAAGACUAAGAUACGACACAACGUGCCAAUAAGAUUCAUCUUUUGGUAAAGUGUUUGGGGGUUUCUUACACAAAUGGUAAAAGAGCACAAGCCAAAUCUCUUAAGUUUUAAGCAAAACACUGCGAGGACCAAAAAAAAAA